GCCGGUCUCUUGUCGUCUCGUCUGCUCCCCUCCACACUUUCGUACCCCGUUUUUCCUCCCCUCGAGACCCCAAAAGCAGCGAAAGGGGAGCGAACAAAAGCAAGAACACCGAAAGCCUCCGGAUUCUAUCCCCAUAUCCUACGGAUACAGCUCCGGCUCCACCGGAUUCGAAGGCGGGGAGCGAUGAGCUCCGGAUCUUUGCUCAAGGUCGUUGCCAAGAACUUCGAUGUUCUUGCAGGGCCUUUGAUCACACUGGCUUAUCCUUUGUAUGCCUCAGUUAAGGCAAUAGAAACCAAAUCUCCUGUGGAUGAUCAACAAUGGCUCACAUAUUGGGUGUUGUACUCAUUAAUAACACUGUUUGAGCUCACGUUUGCAUCAAUUAUUCAGUGGCUUCCUUUCUGGCCCUCUAUGAAAUUGAUAUUUAUUUGCUGGCUUGUCUUGCCAUACUUUAAUGGUGCAGCCUAUGUAUACCAAAAUUACGUGAGACCUGCCUUUGUUAAGAACCAGAUGGUCAACAUUUGGUAUGUCCCUCAGAAAAAGGGCCUUUUUGGCAAAUCUGAUGACUUCCUCACAGCACUUGAUAAGUUCAUUGAAGAAAAUGGGACUGAUGCUCUCAAGAAACUGGCGAACAAGGCUGGCAAGUCAUUUAAACAGUCGGGGAAAUCAUCAAAAGAAACAAAAUCGUCGAAGGAGUCGAAAGAAUCAAAAUCGUCGAAGGAGUCGAAAGAAUCAAAAUCAUUAAAGGAGUUGAAAGAAUCAAAGCCAUCAAAAGAUGCAAAACAUCCCAAGUCACCGAAAGAUUCAAAAGAGCCGAAGCCGUCAAAGGAUUCAAAGUCACCUAAGGAUUCCAAAGAACCGAAGAGGCUACUGAAAGAUUCGAAAGGACUGAAGAAAGCACUGAAAGAUUCGAAAGAACAGGAAUCACAGAAAGAUCAAAAUGAGCCUAAACCAAAGAAGAUCAACAAGCGCGUGACGUUUGCCGAGGUGGAGCCUGAAAAGGAACUCAAGGCCUCCAACAGUGACUGGCAUACAUCCUCUGAUUAUCACAGCACGUAUCCUGAGCAAAAUUCAUGGACUAGCAGCUUCAUGUUCUUCGAGGACGAAAAUAGUUACUGGAACCGGGGCCCUCUAGACUGAUCAGAUGCAUCCAGGAGGAUAUUUUUUGGUUCCUUAGGGGUGGCAAGGGUCCGGUUCAUCUUCAGCCAAGGAAAUGGAGCUCACCUGCAUCAAUUUCCAUCUGCCAUCCGCGGAGAUUUGUGGUCAUGUAACAUAUUUGUCCGACAUAUUCACAUAUACCAGUAGAUGAGCAGUGUAGGAAUCUGCAGUGUGGGUGGUGAACUGUGGUGCUGUUUGGCGGUGGUGAACCUUAUUAGCUGGGAGAAUUUAGAUGGUAGCAGUGCAUUCUGAUCC